GCGUCCAAGCCUGGCCCCGAGAUUUUUGUCCGUUGCAAAAUCGCGGCCCGCGGGUCCAGCGAUUGGCACGGCUUGAUCCUCGGCGGCAGGGCCCUCGACUGCGCCAGCAGGAUGGGCCUGGGGUUCAGACGGUUCAGAGCCGGGCCAGAGCACCAUAUCCUGGAUACGCUCAGCGAGCUUCCAGACACCACGGCCCCUCCACCAGCUUCUGCUGAGCCAGCCGUCCCUUCGGACGCGGCUCGUGCCGUGGGAGCCGCGAAUGUACUCGGCCUGAUUGCCGCCUUGACUGCCUUCGAGCUGUGCUGGGCCUUCUCGAAGAGGCCCUUGAAGGACGUCGACACCUUUAUGGCGUGCGUGGAAGCCAAGUCUGGCCGCACGUCCGGCGCCGACGCUGAGGGCAAGGACGAACCCAUGGAGGACGAGGCGGACCGCGCCGAAGGCGGCGCGGCCUCGCGCGCCUCAGGUGCGGUGUUGUACUGCCGCUGCUCCAGGUACGGCAUCGAGCCGCCGUACGAUGGUGAGGAGGAGGAGCCGGUCGACCGCUCCCGUGACCCCGCCGGCGGGCCCUCUGCUGCAGCUGCCUCGCGGAAGGGCGGCCGCAACAAGGCCCGCGAACCGGUGCCCAUGCGGCGGGAUCCCGCGCGGGGCCAGCGGAGUGAAGCACUCGAAGCAGAGGACUCCUUGAGCUGGCAUGUCAUGCCCAAGCUGCAUCAAUUCCAGCACAUUUGUGAAAGCAAAUUCAAUGCCAAGGAUUUCUGGUGCUAUGCAGAUGAAACCCUGGGAGGGCAUUUGGCACAGCUCUUCCUUCGCAGAGGUGGUGCUAAUAAUCCGAGCGAAAACUGUGCUCGAGCCUUGGAGAAAUGGCAGCAGAUUGCGCCAUUUCCUGCUGUCACCAGGCCCUAG